CGGGACCUGCUCGGGGCGUUAUUGCUGCCCCGGCCCGCGGGCGGCACCGCGCGUCCCCCUUCCCGCCGCCCGAGGUCCUCCCGCGGGCAGGGGCUGCUGGACUGCUCCGGUGUGGAGGGAGGAGGGCGGGCUCGCCGCCCGCAACCCCGCUCCCCAAUCCGUCCCACCCCUGUGGUCCCUGCUUGGCGUGUGGGCACCGCGGGGCGGGCGGGGAGAGAGAGAGAGAACCCCUCCUUAUUCCCGAAGCCCCUGAGUGCCCGCACUUGGUGCGUGAGCUGCCCUCCAGGAACGUGUUUGGCUUCCUGACCGUUCUGUUUCUUCUAGUGGUUGUUCGCGGGUGUAGCUUAGUGUUAUGGGUGAUACAGAAGAAGGUAAAAUGCAGAUAGCACCAGAAACUCCAGGACGAGUUGCAAUCUUGAAUCCAUUUGAAAGUCCCAGUGAUUAUUACACUCUUCAGGAGCAGAUUGUCUCCAGUCCUUCGGUCUUUAAGUCAACAAAAUCCUCAUCAACACCAGGAAAAUUUAGAUGGUCUAUUGAUCAACUUGCUCUAAUAAAUCCUGUGGAAAUCGACUCAGAAGAUGUUCGUCGCCAAGCAAUGUAUUUGAGCCAUGCUAGAAUUGAUAAGGAGACAGAAGACAGAAGGCAAAAAGCUAUUGAGGAGUUUUUCACAAAAAGGCUCAUAGUUCCUUCUCCUUGGAUUGAACAUGAAGGCAAACAAGUUUCUCAGUUUAAUUCAACUAAAUCCAUUGAUCUAAAUAACAUUUCUCCGAUUGGAAGACAGCUAAGCUUGCAGCCUGGAAAGAGCAAUGCUGCUUGUCAGACAGUACUGUCUUUGCCAGUGGAUAUUAAUUUAGAGAAAAUACUAGGUGAAUAUUUUAGAACUGAAGAAUUUGCAGAUCAGUCUCAGGAAAAUCUAAGCUCUUCAUCACUCAGAAGAAAGCUGUUUUUAGAAGAAAAUGGAAGUGUAUCUGCAUGUUUGUCCCCUUCUCUGCAUAGUCCAUGCAGUAGUCAGCCACUUGGAGUGCUUUGUUCAAUAGAAUUAUCUCCAGUCCGGUGCAGAAGCCCUCUGGACACAUCUAGUUCAGGUCAGUUUUCUUCAAGUCCUAUUCAGGGAGGAACAAGAGCUUACAGUCUGGGAAGUAUAACCAGUCCCACAUUUUCAGAGGGGUCUCCUGCACGUAGUGGUUCUCCUACUUUUUCACCAAUUGCUUUUCACAUAAGAAAAACACCACUCUCAGACCAAAGAAAAUUUACAUUUCGGUCUCCAGAUAUUCCUUCUUCCUCAAAUAGAAUGACACCGCCAAGUACAAGAAGUCCUUACAUAGAUGGUUGUUCUCCAAUUAAAAAUUGCUCUCCUAUGAGGCUUGGAGCUUGUAGAGGGACUGCCCAGUAUCAGACUUCUGUCAUUAGAAUACCAAUUGCAGUUGAGACUCAUGAUGAGGAUGAGGAAGACAAGGAAAAUGCUUCUCCAGCAGAAGCUCGGUUCCCAGAAAUGGAUAAUGGAAUAAACUUAUGUCAGGAAGACAGUGAUACUUUUGCACAUGGUACACAUCUUGUGGUAGCAACUGUGUCUAUUGCACCAGAUCACUCAGAGGCUUGUCAUCAAAGGUUGUCAUCAUUUCAGGAUAUAGAAGGCUUAAAAGAAAAUAAUACUGUAGAUAUGGCUGAUGCAGCUGAAGCGUCAGAGGAAAACACUUGGAUAAAAGAAACAAUUGGCAAUAGCAAUACACCAAUGACCAGCUUUAUGACAGGCAUUACUUUCAGUAUUGAAAGCUCUCGGAUGUGCAUGUCACCUCUUGCUGAAAGCAGUGCAAUUCCUUGUGACAACAGUAGUAUUCAGGUGGACAGUGGUUACAACACACAGACUUAUGGAAACAGCAUUAUGGAUACUGCGGGGGCUGAAAACAGCUGCAGAGAAAAUGAUGUGAAUACUGUAGUUUUUCAGAAUAAAUCUCAGAUGCUUAGAACAAAGGAGUGUUCUGUUUUAAGCCAUAAGGACAAUCAGUUGCUGAGAGCAAAAUCUCCAGAGACGCAAUCCUGUUUCCAAAAGGCAAAACCACAUACUACAAUAUUUGGAAAAAAUGCAACUUGCAACAUUUCUGCUUGGAAACAUAAAAAUGAAAAUCAAGGUCAGGGAUUUCACAAAACUGCCAGUGAAAGCAGACCUCUGUUCUACCGAGAGUGGAUAUGAAGCAAUCAUCACAAGCUCCUGCUAAAUUGUUUUUCUUCUGGUUAAAUUUCAAUUUUACCACAUGACAAUUUUGUAACAUUAUUGAAGGGUAAUAUGGUUCUGUGAAUUUUGUGCCUUACCUUCGGUUCUACCAAGACCAUCCGCAUUUUCUGAUGUUGGAUGUUGGAAUCAUCUAACGUAAUGUUCACUUUAACUUUAUCAAAUACAUGUAAUGUUGUGUCUUCCACAGUAAGUGAUGGUACCUGAAAGUUCAUAUUUUGUAUAAAUACUUGCAAUGUCUUAUGUUUUUAUAGAAAUAAAUAUUUUUGUAGGAAAAUUCAAUCUUACAUGUAAAUAAAAAUGGUCACAAAUUAGUGCCAUAAUAUCUGGUACACAUAAUUAGAUAUCAACAGUAUCACAGAAACCUGUUUGUCAGAACCUGUUUAUUUAGACUUACAAAUACUAUAGCAGCACUACUACUAUGGAUUAAUAAACUUGCAUUUAGAAAAACCUCUUGUACCCUUCUAAAUCCAACUACAAUACACUUUAGUCAUUCUGCUCAAUUACCAAAUAAAAAAAUAAAGGUAUUUAAGAGCAAACUUUAAGAAUAAUAAGAACACA